AUGGCAUGCCAUCAAUAUAUUCUUGAACAACUGAAGAUCAUCCAUCAAGAAACAGGCAACAAUGAUGUCGAAUCACAAAAACGUAAACGAUUUAAAUCUGGUCAUUCAUCUAUUUUGGAAGAUUUUGAAGAUGAACCAGAAGCAACUGAUGAUGAUGGCAAGAGUGUUGAAUUUUCGUCACCAAUUACUCAAUCUGUGAAUUGAACAAGUACAGUAGAUUUUCAUAAAUCUGUCGGAAAAAUUUUACCACUUUUUGUUUCAAUUAGUGUGCAACUAUUACACAUCCGAUCAAAAAUAUUUUUAUAUUUAGGUAUCUCUUUCAAAUGAUAUAUUAUUGGUCUUUCAUUUUUCG